AUCUUUGGAAAAACAAUUCUUGAGCUUGGGAGUGAUGACGAAGGUCCAAGCACAAAGACACAUGGAUGGCCCUGCAAUUAUUGAGGUCCUUGGGCAAAGAAGUCGCAAUGAAGUUCUUGCUGAAAUUUAUAUGACUAUCUUCUUUUCAAGGUUGCUGGAACCUUUGGAAAAGUAAUUCUUGAGGUUGGGAGUGAUGACGAAGGUCCAAGCACAGAGGCACAUGGAUGACCCUGCAAUUAUUGAGUUCCUUGGGCAAAGAAGUCGCAAUGAAGUUCUUGCUGAAAUUUAUAUGACUAUCUUCUUUUCAAGGUUGCUGGAAUCUUUGGAAAAACAAUUCUUGAGCUUGGGAGUGAUGACGAAGGUCCAAGCACAAAGACACAUGGAUGGCCCUGCAAUUAUUGAGGUCCUUGGGCAAAGAAGUCGCAAUGAAGUUCUUGCUGAAAUUUAUAUGUAUGGAAGACUAUCUUCUUUUAAAGGUUGCUGGAACCUUUGGAAAAACAAUUCUUGAGCUUGGGAGUGAUGACGAAGGUCCAAGCACUGAGGCACAUGGAUGACCCUGCAAUUAUUGAGGUCCUUGGGCAAAGAAGUAGUGAUAUUAAUUUGACUUUGCAUUAGUUAUGUGGUAUUUCUUUCUAUUGUGUUUUGUUUUCUUGUUGUCACAUUACUAUUUUGCACAAUGAAUUUAAUGUUGUUGUUGAACAUAAACGUAUCUCAUAUUUUUUAUGUUUGG